UAGCUGCAUCCGCUUUGCUUCCGCCGCUUUUCUCCGUCUCUUCUCGCUCCCUUCCCUCCCUCCAUCUCCCCCUGGCCCUGCGGUCUCAAAGCCAUCCACCUCGCCGCCUUCGUGCGUCCCUCUCCUCCGUGUGCGUCUCUCUCUCGGCCACGGCGUGGCAGCUAAGUUGACUUCAGCUGCGACGACGACGGAGGAGUGAAGGGUUUCUGUGGCUCCGUUUCUUGGAUGCGUUCGUGGUGGCCGCCCUUCUUGCGGAUCGGGUUGCUUGUUUCGCCAGUGCGCGGGAACCGAUCGAAAGGCUGGAUCUUUCUUCGCGCGUGAACGCCCAGUUGGUCUGCAGCUCGUAGGAGGAGGAAGAGUUCAGCCUGAGGUGGCUGCGCGUGCAGGUUCGAGUUGACUUUGUGGGUUUGGUUCUUUGCUUCGUUUGUCUCUUGCGAGCUGCGGAUUUUUUCUCUUUCUCCCGCGGGAUUGGUGGUCGAGCUUGAUCCAAACCUUGCAAAGAUUGGACCUUUGGUGCUUGGCUGCGCGGUUCUUAUAUCGUUGGCGAUUCAGGGGCUCACUUGGAGCACUGUUCCUCUUGAUUCCUUGCAUUAUUGGCCCUCCCUUGAGAUAAAAAGUUUGUCUCGAGAGAAAUUCUCCUGCCAGAGAUUUUAGUUGGUUUGGGAUCAUUGGGCUAGAAGCUUUCUUGGUUCAUUCAACAGAGAGGAUUGAAGAGGAGGCACAAAGUGGAUGGGUGGGUGACUGCUAAUUUAGUAAUUUGGUAGAGUGCAUAGACGAGCAAGAGGAAGGGCAGGAGAGAUGGGGAAUUGCAUGGACACCACGGCGCGGGUGGAUCACAGCGUGAACAAUGGUGCAUACCCUUCAAAAGUGACCAGCAAAACAAGUUUAUCGUCUGUCCCUUCCACGCUUAAGAGCAACUCAAGUCGUUCAACUUUGACUCUGCCGUCUAUGAAGGACAGAAGUGAGCUUCCUACUCCUCGGACAGAAGGUGAAAUCCUGUCAUCUUCGAACUUAAAGGCCUUCUUGUUCAGUGAUCUAAAGAAUGCGACAAAGAACUUCCGACCCGACAGUCUUCUUGGCGAAGGAGGAUUUGGACACGUGUACAAAGGUUGGAUUGAUGAACACACGCUUGCUCCUUCAAAACCAGGAAGUGGCAUGGUUGUUGCUGUCAAGAAGCUUAAACCAGAAGGUUUCCAAGGACACAAGGAAUGGCUGACGGAGGUUAACUACCUUGGCCAACUUCACCACAAGAAUCUUGUUAAGCUCAUUGGCUAUUGCUCUGAUGGUGACAACCGACUUCUUGUGUAUGAGUUCAUGCCAAAGGGAAGUUUGGAGAAUCAUCUCUUCAGAAGAGGUGCUGAUCCUUUGCCAUGGGCAAUAAGGCUCAAGGUAGCUAUAGGUGCUGCUAGGGGUUUGUCAUUUUUGCACGACGCUGAGAACCAAGUUAUAUAUCGAGAUUUCAAGGCAUCAAACAUUCUCCUUGAUUCGGACUUUAACGCAAAGCUCUCAGAUUUUGGUUUAGCAAAAGCAGGUCCUACUGGGGAUAAGACACAUGUUUCCACACAGGUCAUGGGCACUCACGGAUAUGCAGCUCCAGAGUACAUUGCAACAGGUCGCCUCUCCGCAAAGGCAGAUGUCUACAGCUUCGGUGUGGUGUUGCUUGAGUUGCUCACAGGAAGACGGGCGCUGGACAAAUCGAAACCUGGCAUAGAGCAGAACCUGGUUGACUGGGCCAAACCCCACUUGGGCGACAAGCGAAGGCUGUACCGCGUCAUGGAUACAAAGCUGGGAGGCCAAUAUCCGAAGAAAGGCGCUCACGCCAUCGCGAACAUUGCCCUGCAGUGUAUCUGCAAUGACGCCAAGAUGCGCCCCCUGAUGUCUGAGGUCCUGGAAGAGCUGGAGCAGCUGCAGGACUCCAAAUAUAACAUGGCAUCACCACAGGUUGACAUCAGGAAGUCCUCACACACCGUCCCAAAGUCACCAAUGAGGAUCCAGCCAUCACCACGGCGCUCACUUGGAGCAGCAUCCCCAUUGCCAACAUAUAGGACUGCUAAAGUGCACUAGAAACGCAGCAUAGAAGAGGUCUUACAUCUGCACGGCUGUACAGUUUGUUAUGUAAGCAGUGUUCUUUCUUUCUUUUUCUUUUUCUUUCUUUUUUUUGUGAGGAAGCUUCUAUUUAUUUAUAGUGAUGUUUCUUUGGUAUGUGUGAUAUGAGAAUCUGACGAUAGAUUAUGAUGUAAAUUGUUUGCCAAGAUAAUGGGUGCCAAAUUCUGGUGCCCCUGUUCUGCUAUGAUAGGUCCCUAUUGUUUCUUCUCA